AUGGUAUUUAGUUAGAUAUAUAGUGUGAUUAAUAAGAGUAUAUAGCACCCGCGUGUAUUCCCGAAAAUGAAAUUUUUAUUGGAGAAUAAGGCGAAUAACUAAGUAAGUAUAGACGCUCGUUGAUGUACAGACAGAAAUGCGGGAUUCUUUGCUAAUAGAAAAUAAGAAGCACGUGCAACAAUAGAAAAUGUUAAUAAAAAAUUGGCCAUUGAAACUGUUUAUGUGCAAUAGCGUAUAUCAAUAUCAACGAUAAUAAUAGUGCUGCAGAGCAGGGGCCGAUAAAGGUGGCGCGGAGAAGGGAGAGCGAGGGAAUGAGCACCGAAAUAGAUCGCGAGCGUUCUAGCUGUAUUCUGACAUUCGUUGAGGAAUGGAAAGUGCGCACUAGUCUGGUUCAUUGGCGUUUGCUUACUCCAGCAACAAGUGUGUUCAUAGCUUUGGUGCGUGGAAGAACAGAAGCUCAGAAGCGUGGAAAGUGAUGCGCUUUGGAUUAUAAUCCAUAUGUCAACGACGACGGCGCGUAAAAAAUAGUGACAUAACCUACCGCGGGACGCGCCAAAAGACGCAACAGAGUAACAGGUUGUUAUUGCUAUCGUCUUUUUGUUUGUGGACGUCUCGUGGGGGUAUUCGCAGUGGUGAUAUGAUACCGGUGCAAUCGAAGAAGCCUAUCGCCACUGCGUUGCGCACAAGCAACAAGUGCUUAUGCUUCUAUAGUUCGGAGAGCCGAGAGCCGAGAGUGACGUUAUAAAAAGAUCGCGGUUCGACCGAUUAACCGCGCUCAAUCUGUGUGCCUUCACAAUUGCAACAAGAAGCACAGAGCGAUAAAUAAUUCGGUGAUGUGCGGUACGGCGUGGCGAAAAUUUGGACGCAGACAAUGAGAAAAGAGGGUAGCGAGCGUCGGUACAGCUCUGGAGGCUGGAAAGGUCCCGAUGAAAAUUCAAUUAUGGGAAGAGCUUAAUUCGGAGCAUCGCUAUGAGAUAGCAGCGGCAGGGGUAGCCUUGAAUUUUCAAGAGAUACGCGCUAACGAUGUCAUCUUACUACAGGCCAGCGGAUAACGGCGCAAAAGUCAACAUGAUAAAGGAGAAAUUUGAGAGGAAGCUUUCGGUAAGCCAAGGCGAGCCGUCGAGCAAGGCAGCGGAGCAUUCGUACACGGAGCAGGAAGCCAAAGAUUCUCUUCGUCGAUCCUGCAGCGCCUCGCCUAUGAGAUCUAAGAAAAAUCUGAAACUAAAUGUUUCUCGGCAGCUCUCGAACCCUGGGAAAAACAUUAAACGGACUCCAGCGUUCAGGGGUGAGAAAGCAUCGAGAACGAGGAAUUUGAACUCUCCGACAAAGGAGAGAUUUGUUUCGAUAGUUGAUCGGAAUGUGAAAAUCUUUGAGGAGAAACCAGCCCCAUCCAGCACCACCUCGUCUUCCUCCUCGUCCUCAUCAUGGUUUCACGGAAAAACAGCUCGUGCCGAACGUAUUGAAAAGUGGGCAAACGGAGAGAAGCGCCUCGAAACGGUAACCCGCGAGGCCAAAGCAGACGUCAACGGCGACGAUGCUCCUACAACGCCGAGCGAGACGCCGAGGCCGCUUGAGCACCGAGGAGUCAGGACGAGGGUUAUAUCGCGCCAGAAAAAUAUUUCGCCGAUUUAUCGACGCGACGAAGAAGAAUCGCCGAUGAGUAACGGGGACAGCCGAGGUGAAGAGAAUUCGUACAAAUUUUUCAAAAACGGUGACGAGUACACAAGGGUGAAAAAACGAAAGGGACCGUACGAGGGAGCGGGUGACGCUGACAAUGACAACGAUGGGGACGAGGAGGCUGACGACGACGACGACGACGACGACGACGACGACGACGACGAUAGCGAUGAAAUUGAGGACCAAUCUGCCAUAGAGAAAAAAUCUUUCGACGCCGUCGAUGGCUGUCAAGCUGUCGGCAAUUUCGAGAGAAGUUACAUUCUUGAUAAUUCCGGACAGAGAGAAAAACUGAAUAUCGAUACGAAAGGAGAGAGUCGCUUCGGAUCAGCGACCGAUACGCUCCUGCUGAUCGCCGCCCUCGAGGCUCCUCUUCCGUCCGGUCCGCCCCCGAAGAAACCACCGAGAACGUUUGCUCACGGAUGCCGUUUGCAGUCGGAAAAAGAUGGGGCGAUCGUGCGGGAUGAACGAGUCACCGAAGUGACCGGUGGAGGAACGAGGGCGGAAAGAGAUUCGAAAAAAAUGCUCGAAAAGCUCGAGCACGUACUGAUUCAGCAUCAAAAAGCCUUGGGAGCAAAGGUGAUAGUGGCGCGGAGCGAGGCGACGACGCCAACGUCGCAAGCGAGUAGCCAGCAGCGCGACAAAGUAACCGCCGGUAAGGAACUGAUCCAAUCCGGAUUGAGGCUGUCCCGAACUCUCGAAGAUGCAAAAAAAGUUCGUUCACAACCGAGCAGAGAUUCCAGGGACCGAAAACACUCGACCUUCGAUUGUCUACCCUCGCUGAAUUGCGCCUCGAGCUCGAACGUCUACGAGCGAGUGAGAGAAGCGGAUUUCAAGAGUUAUCGGUUCAUCGACGCCUGGCCGUUGUCCGAUUCCUCCGGUACAAAGUCGGCGCUUUCAAGAUCCGAGGAGUCGAUCGAGCCGAGAGAACCAAGUCGCAUACCGUCCGAGGAAAGAUUUAACUCGAGCGACUCAACGACUCUCCGCGAUCAGGAUCGAAGAAAACGUACCGGCGCUCCCGAAGAAUCACGCCCCGUCAUACCCGAAGAGCGAGUGUACGCUGAGCCUUUCGCUUUCGACAAAAAUUCGGGUACCGAUAUUACCGGCUACGGGAUUCGGAAUCCCGACGAUCGAAAUUACUUCUCGCGAAGCCUUCGGCUCCAGGAGUCUCUCUUGUCCUCGGAACGGGCCCAGACCAGAUUUCAUUCCCCUAAAAUAGAAACGAGCCUAAUUUCCGAUCAUUGUCAUCAAACUACGGUGCCCCAGCAGCUCCAUUACAUGUGCACGUCGAUAGAGCCUCUCGUUUACGAGCAAGAGGACAACAACAACGUCACCGAGAACCAUUCUGCUGCUGGGGGUAAAAAUCAACGUUCGAGCGGGAUCAAUAAAAAUUUGGCGCUCAAGAUCGAUGAUGAUAAGAGAAUAAGGAGCGAGCCGGACAAGCACGACAAAAUAAAGGUUGAACGGUUGCUGAACCAGGCAUUCGGCAAGUUCGUAAUGGCUGGUACAGAGAGUCCGAGUGACUCGAACGCGUCGUCCGAUACCGAUUCGUUUGCUUCGAGCACUUCCAUCGGUGACGAAAUUUCCUCGUUCAAUGAGAAAUUGAAGCUCUUUAAAAAUUGGGAGAAUACGUCAUCCGUGACGACGACGACGACGACGACGACGACGACGACUACAACGGCGGGGAGGCGCCGGAGCAAAGACGAGCUCCAUCGAACCCUUACGGAAAAACGAAAAAAUUAUGUUCGACGCGUAUCUUCAAAGUUCUCGGAAAGACGAGAUCCUUCGACGAAUCUUCACCUCAUCGAAACCCGUCAUAGAUUGUUCCAGGUCUGCUUACUCGUUGAAUUGAAUUUGAGUACGCGGGAGCCAUACAUCAAAGACAAAUAUCCAACCUACGCAACAGCGCCAGCAUGGAUAGAACAUUUUUGUUUUCCAGACGCGACCGAUUGGCCGUCCAGCGGUGGUGUCGGCACAGGCGGUACUCGCUCCAGUCAAAAUCAAUUCUAUUCUCUGGCACUGAUGGACGAGAGAGGACAUCGACGUUACGGCUAUUGCUGCAGAGUCAGGCCGGAGGGCGGACCCAUUCUUCCUCUCGCUUAUUGUCUCAUUACCGAACAUCGAGCCAGCGGAUUUUACCACAAAGUAUUGCUUGAGUUGGAAUCACGACACGGACUUCCGGACAAACGCCGAAGAGGCUUCAUCGAGGAAUUGUACAACAGUCCGAUGCCGAAACCAGGACAGAGUUUGAGAAUACGAAUGAGCGAGGAUGCCCCACAACCCAUCAACUUGGACAGCGAGGCAAGGAAUAAUAAUUUCAUUGCCUCGGGGUUGGCCAAUUGGCCGAUCGACAACUAUUCACCGGUGCGAGGAGAGGGAUCGAAUUCGGUUAGUCUCGGCACCGAUACGAGCAGAAGAAAAAGCACCAGCAGCAGUAGUAGCAACGGCAGCAGUGCCGCCACCAGAAUUCCUGAUAAAAUGAUCACGUCACCGAGGAGCAACUCGCCAGACAACAGCUUUAUAGUACGUUCGAGUGAUCCGAGGCUCGAGGAGAGAGACAUGAGCCAAUUGUUUGACGCCGUUAGCAACAAAGUACUCGUUAUACUUUUUGGGAGUCUGCUUCUCGAACGAAAAGUUGUUUUGUUGUGUGGCACGCUCAGCAAAUUGUCCUCGUGCGUCGAAGCUCUCCAAAGUUUGCUCUAUCCGUUUACUUGGCCUCACACUUUCAUACCGGUACUUCCCGAUAUUCCUGGGCUAUCCGAGAUACUGCAAGCCCCUCUACCUUUUGUCAUUGGAAUUUUCAAGUCUAAAAAUGCCAUCAACGCGCAAGUGGCAUCCGUCCAAGAUGGAAUCGUCGUCGACUUGGAUACGUCGAAAAUAAUUAGCGCGAUGGGUGACGAAACGUCGAUCCUUCCUCCGAGACUGCAAAAAAAAAUAAGAUCCGCGCUCCAACUCGUCUCCGGGAAUACCAAAUCCGGUGAUGGGAUUCGCAAUUUUCUCGUGUCGGAAGCCUUCCUCCGUGCUUUCGUCGAAACUUGCUCUCAUUAUGAUCGUCACAUCGUCACUCAGCAAGAUGGGAGAGUUAUUUUUCAGAAAGAAUCGUUCGUCAAGGCUUUCUCGACGAAAACCGAGCAAUACUUCCUCGAGUGGUUUGUGGAAACAACCAUGUUCAAUACUUUUAUACAAGACUGCAUUGAGAGGUCGAAACAUCCGGGGAGCUGUUCCACCGACGAGGAUCCCGACAGAGACGACAUCAAAUUGUUCGCUCAGCGAAUAGCCGAGUAUCGCAAAGGAUGCGAAAAAAGCUCGCAAGCAAAAAAAGCCUGUCCGAAAAAGAAAACUCUGGGGGAUCGUUUCAAAGACUUGACAAAUUUUCACGUCUGAUUGACCGUCUCUCCACGCACCAAGUUGCUUCUACUUCGACGUCGACCUGAUUAGUUGUAAUAUUCGUGCAUUUAAGAAUUCCAAUAACUACGACGAUAGGACGGUACGGUUGGAGAGCGAAUGUUUCGAGCGCUUAUGUCGAGUUGGGGCGUUUCGAAACGGAGAUUCUCCGUAGCUUUAAUUAGAACGUGUCGCGUCGUUAUUUUAUACGGGCGCCCAUUUUUCGACGAGCCAGUGACCGUUUAUCGAUAUUCAAACGGAGAAGAUACUUGAUGAAUCAUUUAAUGCCCAGUUUUGUUUCGAACGAAAGGACGAUCAUAUUUCUAUAGAGUGAUGAGCGAGAACAACAUACUCGUUUCGGACUAUUCCUCGUAAGGGUGAACUCGCUCCUUCAAUAUUGGAGGUAUAAUUCUUUAGAACGAAGAAGGAGAAUGGAAUCUCAGUCGCAAUCUCACGCACUUAGCAAUAUCUCAAUUCAACUUGAAUCUUCCAAAGUUUUUACAGCCCCCAUCUCGUUAAUCGUGGGAUCUAAGUAAAUUGAUCAAAUGAUUCGUUGGCUGCAUACUAAGCGUCGAACAUUUUCAAUCAUCUUAAAUCUUCGUGUAUUCGUUACAAACCAUUCGUUAUUGCCAUUGCUUCAUUGAGAAAAAAAAACUGUGAUUAUAUUUUUUUAUUGUUGUUAGACGAUAGAUUCUUUUUUGUUGAAAAUUAACGACGACAUACAUGCCGCUGCGAUUCUUAAAUGCGAAUCAAGAAAAGUUGUAGUACCGGGACCAAACAAAAUUUCAAGAAAAUUUUAUACCGGUACGUUGAUGUCAGUCGUAGAUGGAUAGAACAAAUAAUACGAACUUCGUGUGUUUGAGGCUUUCGCCACUGCAGCACAACGUUUGCUUAACACCUAUUGUUCGUAGGUAAAUAGGCAGGAAACUCAUCUAUUUUGCAUAACCAGCAGUCAUCUGCCGAGAGAGUCAAAUAUUCCUUAUCGAUAUUGAAUACAUUUAUUUUUAUUGAAAAUGUAUUAUUACGGCGGAAGGAACACCAAUAAAACGUCUAAAAAGAGUA